UGGGUAAGAAGGGAAUUGAAUCUGAAUCCGACGUACCCAUUGUGAUCUCUGGAGAGGAAUUUAUGAGUUGGGGGAUGGAAGGAAAUGUAAUUUAGAUCGAAUGCACCUACAGCGUUUUCUCUGGGGUCGGGGAAUGAGUGAGUAGCAGGCAGUGGUGAUCUUAGAGAUAUUUUCUGUUUCUGGAAAAUGAAAAGGGAGAGAGGAAGAGGUUUGGUUGAUCUACUGCCGAUCAGUUGCUGAGUAUUUUAUUUAAGAGGGUUUGUUUGUUUGUUUUUUGGUACACCCUCUUCCUUGUGAUCCUGUGAAGCCAGAAGAGGCAAGGAAGAUAAGCUGAGGACAGAAAUAGAAGAAGAGAUGGGACAUCCACAUGCUUAUUAAGUUCUGCUUUGUGAACGGCGGAAGAAGAUUGUCAAAUUGGCUGAAAGAGCGAGUUCUCAAUAACGUGUCACAUGGAACUAGCAUCAAGUUAGAAACCUGAUAAGAUACAGUUAUCAUCAGAUAUUCCGUGGGCUUAAUACCAAGGGAGAACUUUUCUUUUAAAGCAACUACAAGAAGGGGACAACACAAAAGGAGCAAAGCCCCAGCAACCAGACCUCAAUAACAAUGAUGCAAGAGCCUCAGGAGAUGGUAGAGGAGACGGUUACUGUUGAGGAAGACCCGGGUACUCCUACUUCCCAUGUGUCUAUUGUGACUUCAGAAGAUGGAACCACAAGGAGAACUGAGACUAAGGUCACAAAAAUGGUCAAAACAGUCACCACUAGAACAGUUCGCCAGGUCCCCCUGGGGCCCGAUGGUCUGCCGGUAAUGGAUAGCUCCUCUCCCAUGGGCAGCUACACAGAUUCAAUAGACAGAAGAUACAUGAAGAAUGGUGAGCGUUACAUCACACCACAAGCUUCAUCCACGUUGACCAGAUCUUACAAUAGCUACGAUUCUUAUCCCGACGCCCACGACAGCCAGUAUCGCCCUUUUAUCAGCCACGAUGGCUAUGGAGACCUAGCUGACAAUUAUGGCAGCUUGUCCCGUGGCAUCAACUACCGUCCUCGCUAUGCCUACAUGCCAGGAAACAGUUACCGGCCAGAGGAUGGUAGUUUCACCUUGCCAAGCAGGAGGGAUAACUAUGGUCCCAUGGCCCAGCCCCAAGUGCCAACAGGCAGCAACGUUGACUUGAAUCGCUCCCAACCAGAACGUUUCCAGCCAGAGCCUUAUGGGUUGGAGGACGAUAACCGGAGCCUCGGGGUAGAUGAUGAAGGGUAUGAACUGGACCCAGAUUACUCCACAGUGAACCGAAGAACAUCUGCAGGGGUGCCUGAGAGGGGGAGACCUCACAAAGGAAGGGGCUACGAUGACCCUGUUGAGUCAGAGAUGGUUGACGAGAGGAUCCCUUACCUUCACGGUGGCUACGCAGCACCAUUAGCACAGCCAGAGAGGGGGAGCAUGGCCAGCAUCGAACGCCUGGGCAAGCGUUCCCCCUCCAUUGACAGCAUCCGCAAAGACCCCAGGUGGCGGGACCCUGACCUCCCUGAAGUGAUUGCCAUGCUCAGUCACCCCAUCGAUCCAGUCAAGUCCAACGCGGCAGCAUACUUGCAGCACCUGUGCUAUGAGAACGAUAAAAUAAAAAAGGAUGUGAGGCAUCUGAAAGGGAUUCCCAUCUUGGUGGGUCUGCUAGAUCACCCAAAGCCAGAGGUCCAUCGCAAAGCUUGUGGGGCUCUCAGAAACAUCUCUUACGGGAAGGAUAAUGAGAACAAGGUGGCUAUAAAGAACUGCGAUGGGAUCCCGGCAUUGAUCAGGUUAUUGCGGAAGACAAACGACAUGGAAGUCAGAGAGCUCAUUACAGGCACUCUUUGGAACUUAUCAUCCUAUGAGCCCCUGAAGAUGGUGAUCAUUAACCAUGGCCUUCAGACACUGACAAACGAGGUGAUUAUCCCCCAUUCCGGAUGGGAGAGCGAGCCGAAUGAGGACUCUAAGCCUCGGGAUGCUGAAUGGACCACGGUCUUCAAGAACACAUCUGGCUGCUUGCGGAAUGUAAGUUCAGAUGGCGCAGAAGCUCGGAGAAGACUAAGAGAGUGUGAUGGCUUAGUGGACGCUCUCCUUCAUGCUCUACAGUCUGCAGUCGGCAAGAAGGAUACAGAUAACAAGUCUGUGGAGAACUGUGUGUGCAUUAUGCGAAACCUUUCAUAUCACGUCCACAAAGAGGUCCCAGGAGCUGACAAGUACCAAGAGCUGGAUGCAAAUCAGCCUACCAGCACAGGAGGCUCUCAGAAAAAGAAGAAAGAUGACGCUGGCUGCUUUGGAGGGAAGAAAGCUAAAGAGGAGUGGUUCAAUCAAGGAAAGAAAAAUGGAGAUCUGGACAGGAACUUUGAUACACUUGAUUUGCCCAAGCGGUCUGAAGCAGCAAAAGGCUUUGAAUUGCUCUACCAGCCAGAGGUGGUCCGGCUCUACCUCUCGAUCCUCACUGAAAGCCAGAACUUCAACACUUUGGAAGCUGCAGCAGGGGCUUUGCAGAAUCUCAGUGCUGGAAACUGGACAUGGUCCACGUACAUCCGUGCAACAGUACGAAAGGAGAGAGGCUUACCAGUCCUCGUUGAGCUUCUUCAGUCUGACUCUGACAAGGUUGUGAGAGCUGUGUCAAUUGCACUGAGGAAUCUGUCUAUGGAUCGUCGCAAUAAGGAUCUCAUAGGUAGUUAUGCCAUGGGUGAACUGGUAAGAAAUUUGCCUAGCAGGCAGCAGAGAUCUGCUAAAAACCUGGAAGAGGAUACAGUGGUUGCAGUCUUGAAUACCAUCCAUGAAAUCAUUACUGACAGUUCAGAAAAUGCAAGGUCCCUGAUCCAGACACAGGGCAUUCAGAAGCUGGUAGCUAUCAGCAAGUCAAGCCAGUCCCCGAGGGAAACAAAGGCAGCAUCUCAUGUUCUUCAGAUGGUCUGGAGUUACAAAGAGCUACGAAAUGUCCUACAGAAGGAUGGAUGGAACAAAUCCCAUUUCCAGUCUGUUUCUGCAGCACCAAAGGGAUCCAAAGGUACUUCGGGCAAAUCUGGCUAUGAUGAUAGUACUCUGCCACUGGUGGAUAAAAGCCAAGAUAAUGAGAAGGCUGGAAGUCGUGAUAUGAUUCCUCUGGAUGAACUUGGUCCAGAUGGGUACUCCACCAUCGAUCACCGGGACAAAGAGCGCAAAUACAAGACCAAUGACAAUAUAGGGGAUGCAUCGGAAAAAGAGCCUUUAAAAAAUGACACAAAUAGGAAAAACAUUAACAGGAGUAACAGGGCUUCGGUGAAUCUGGUGGAUGCCCGUGACAUUAAACCCCAGCCUGUUGACUCCUGGGUCUAAUUUGCAUGCAUGGUAGGUCCUUUUAAUGGUAAUUGGUGCUAGUGAUUACCUUGUCUCAUUUUGCAUGAUCUGUAUCGCUGCAGAAUCUUUCCAAGGCUAAUGGCUAACUGGUUCCUUUUAGGCAAAUGAAAAUGCAUUGGAAAAGGGAUGUUUAUUUUGCACACUGUAUCUUUAAUGAAAAACAAUAAACCACUGCUGUUUGAUUUAAAUAAUAACCUGUCAAAUAACCAGACAGCGCAUUAAUAUCCUGACCGAUGGUCUGUCAGCUGAAAUGUGAAGGAUCUCUGCUAUUAGGCCCUGGGAAUUAAACUGAAUAUAGUUUUUCCUGACUGAUCUCAAAUGUUUACAGCCAUUUCUCUCCUUCCCCCGCCUCUCCGACUCAUUACCAGGUUUAGCCUGAGCCCUCAGGAAAAGUACAUCCUGACAAUUCAUGGAUCUCCCCUGAGGCUCCCAAGAAUUCCAUGGUCCUGUCCCCCAAGGGAAAGCUGGUGACCACACACACGAUUAAAUUUCAAGGGGGGAGAACAGCAAUCAUUUAAACAUGGAGCCACAAGUCCCACCUCCUGCUCCUUCUUCUCUGCAGUUCAAGGCUUUUUUUGGUCCCCUUCUUGUUCUCUACCUUCCCUAUGUGCCAAGCUCCUUAAAACUGUGCCAGCUUUUACCACUCCUGCUGUCACUAAUCUGCCUCCUGCUGCCCAGUCUGUUAUCCAUGUUACACCUCCUGGCAGCCCGUCAGAUGCCGCAUUGUGUGUAGUACAGACUGUGUGGCUGGCUGUGGACUAAAAUAAUAUCUUUAGUAAUCAUGAGGGUUGCACUACACAGCUUCUCCUUACCCAGUCCCUGAAGGCCUUAUUUCCAGAGAUGGUGAGCACCCAUGACUCCCAUUGCUCAGCACUGCAGAACAUCGGUCCUUUUCUCUACAUGGAAAUCACAUUAAUCAGUGAGACGGAAACUCAAGUCAUGAGGGCGAGUGCAGCACAAUAGUAGGGAUCAGAGUUCAUGACUCAUUCUUGUUUCCUUGAUGGGAAGGGCUGGAACCGUCUAGUCACUGCAGCCUAUAACAGACCCGUAUAAGGUCUUUCUCCAGCUAGGUUGACAAUUCUCCCAGACCUGAAGAAGAGCUCCGUGUAGCUCGACAGCUUGUCUCUCUCACCAACAGAAGUUGGUGCAAUAAAAGAUAUUGCCUCACCCAAGUUGUCUCCCUAGUUCUCCCAGUACCUACUCAGUCUUUGGCUAAUAACCGUCCCUCUUCUGGUCUUAAACCGCUGACAGGCUGUAGAGCCAGCACUGCCACUGUCUGUCCUGUGCCUGUGUUGGCGACAAAUGGGUCUGUCAGUCUGGCACCUUUCCCUGGCUUUAUGCUGACUUCUAGAAGAAGUACUUCUUUAAAGAAUUAAAAUUUCUGAUUGGCUGCUUUGCUGACCUCCUCUGGGUGCUGGUUUCAAAGAGCAAUUCCUCCAUCUCCUGAGAAAACCUGGAAGACUUGCCCUGUCGUCACACAAAUUCCCGAUGGUAACAGACUAAAUAAAGCAUUGGG